AUGUUCAUGACAACCGAUCCCGAGAACUUCAAGGCUAUGUUGGCUACCCAAUUUAAUGAUUUUUCUAUUGGCCGUAGAUACCAGAUCUUGAGUCCAGUGAUUGGUGACAGUAUCUUCACUUUGGAUGGUGAAGGUUGGAAGCACUCCAGGGCCAUGUUAAGACCCCAGUUUGUCAGGGAGCAAGUUGGACAUGUCCAGGCUUUGGAACCUCACUUACAGUUACUUGCUAAACAUAUUCGCUCCUACAAAGGAGAAACAGUUGAUUUGCAGCAGUUGUUCACUAAGUUCACUCUUGAUACAGCUACAGAAUUCCUUUUCGGUCAAAGUGUUCAUACCUUGUAUGACGAAAGAAUUGGCAUGAAGACUCCUGAUGAUGUUCCAUAUGCGAAAGACUUCACCGAUGGUUUGUUUAUUACCCAAAAGUACACCUCGGAAAGAGGCUAUGCUCAACAGUUCUACUGGUUAAUUGAUGGCAAGGAAUUCAGAACUGCGAUUGCCAACGUUCAUAAGUUCGCCCGUUUUUACGUCGAUAGGGCUCUCAACUUCUCGCAAGCUGAGCUUGAAAAGAAAUCACAGGAAAGUUAUACCUUCUUAUACGAGUUGGUGCAACAAACCAGAGACCCUAAAGUUCUCCAGGAUCAAUUGCUUGCCAUCAUGUUAGCUGGCAGAGACACCACAUCUUCACUACUUUCAUUCAUCUUCUACGAACUUUCCCGCAACCCUGGGAUUUGGGAAAAGUUGAAAAAGGAAGUAUACGAAAACUUUGGCUCUGGAACAGAAAAAGAUAUUGCCAAGAUCACGUUCGAAUCGUUGAAGAAGUGUAACUACGUGAAGUGGGUGAUUAACGAAACGUUGAGAAUGUACCCUACUGUGCCUGUUAAUUUGAGGGUCUCUAAUAAAGAUACUCUGUUGCCUAAAGGAGGUGGUGAAGACGGAAAGUCGCCAAUUUUUAUUCCACGGGGCACUACAGUUGGGUUCAGAGUUUACUCCACGCAGAGAAAUAAAGAAUACUACGGUGAAGAUCCUGACGUUUUCAGACCGGAAAGAUGGGCCGACAUCGGCAAGUUGGGAUGGGCAUACCUUCCGUUCUUAGGAGGACCCAGAACAUGUAUCGGACAACAGUUUGCCCUCACCGAAGCCGGGUACAUUCUCGUGAGAAUAGCUCAAUUGUUCCCUAACCUCAAGUCUAAGAACAGUGUUCAUUAUCCUCCAAAGAAGACUCUCAACGUUAUUUUCAAUCUCUUUGAGGGCUGUUUGGUGGAGAUGGGUGAGUAG